GCGGAGCGAGAAACAUCGUGGUUGGAACACUCUCCUUGUUAUUAGACUGAUUAUUAAUAAUGGACUUGUGAUUUGUGAUUUACGUGUAAGUUUAUUAUUGUGUUUAAAUUAAAAUGUGGGGCGCAAACAGCAAGAGCUGUGAGAAUAACUGCCAGUGUGCCGGGUUAAUGACAGAUAAUUUCAAAAUUAACUCCGGGAACAGCGGUACGAAGAGGAAACGGGAAGAAGCUCACACAAACAACUUCAGAACUAAAAUGAUGCCACUGUCUCUGGACUUCAACAGAAAACAGUCUCCACUAAGCUCGCCUAUCUCCACACCAAAACGAAGGGUCCUCGGUGAAAUCCAAAAUUCUCCACUAUUCAGACCGAAAGACUCUCCCACAAUUGAAAGAUUAAAAAACACACCUAUAAUAGACAAGAAGUCACCGUUGAUUGAUCGUAACUCACUCUCACCUUUAACGAGUAGAACUGACAGAUCCAAACGGCCUUCAAAGAUAUCAAGGAUAUUUGAAGAACGGUCUAAAUUCAAGAUGUCGGAUAAAGAGAAUGACACAUCAUUAAUGAGUGAGACAUUCCUGAAAAUAGAUGUCGAUGAGGAGACCAGAGAUUGUUCGUUCGGGGAUAACUUCCCAUCAUGCUCGGCAACGAAGCUAGCCAACUGGUCGGUGGCUAAGCUGGAUUUCAAAGAUGCUCUUCAGACAUGUGGAAUGGACAAAACAGACGAUGUCAAAGAGAAUAUUGACAUGUUCGUGCCGGAGAAAGAAGUUGACAUCGAGACAGACUUUGAAACAUUACACGAUUUGGAGGAAGAAUUUGAAUCUCGUAACUUCGAUGAAUGCACCAAGUAUGAAAUUAUUUCAACCGAUAGUCCAAACAUCAUAUCCAGUGGCCGAACAACAUCGAGAAAGAUAAACUCCAAAAACUUCGAAUUUGGUGCACCGUUAUCUGAAAAUGAGCAGUCUACGUCGUUCAAUAAACCCACAACUAACGCUACAAGAAUGUUAAACUUCGAAGAUGAUAACUUUGAGUUCACAUCACCAGCUGCAGCUGCAAAGCGUCCAUCUCAUAGUGUAUCAGUGAAAAAAUCCCUGAAAUUCACAGAAACACCGACCAAGAAUGCUUUACAGCAUGAAAAAAGUGACUCCAGUAUCGGCUCAAUGGCAUCACCUUCCUCCACACAAUUAAGAAUAUAUCCAUCCGGAUCAACAACAUCCAUGGAGAGUGGUUUCAUAUCCGGGUUAGAGGAACCAUUUCUGGACAUCGAUGAAGUUUCCAACUCCCCAAGAAUGGCCAAUUUCAACGAACUCCUCUCCGGACACAUUAGGGAUAGCUUUGAGAGUGAAUUCACUUUGCGAAGACAAUUGCAAAGGAGCUUAAGCCUCAAUCCUGAAGCAACAAAGGCAAGAGUGUCACUGUUCCCUAUAAAUGAGAGCCCUAAAAAAUCGAAUAAACGGGGUGAUAGAAAUGACAUCGAUAACAUAUCGAAUAAACGGAGGAAGUCGAACUGUGAAAGUCCAAAGAUGGAGAAAUUGCAACGGCCAGUUUUGCAGCGGGCAUUAUCCGAGAACAAUGCUUCUAUUAUGUCAGCUUUAGCAAGAUCGGUUGUAGAUCCAGACUUAAUCGGUGACUUCUCGCUACCGUUCGCGCUCCCGCUCACGAGUGGUGACCACACAGACCUGAAGUCGAUAUCCUGCGACACCCUCGCUUCACUCAUACGUGGGGAUUACCAUGAAAGCAUUAAUGAUUUUCAGGUCAUAGAUUGUAGAUACCCUUACGAAUUUGAAGGUGGACAUAUCCUCGGAGCGAUGAACCUCUUCACGCCAGCACAAAUACUUACUCUAGUGAACAAGCCGCUGCAACCCAAGGACUCGGACAAGCGGAGUAUACUUGUCUUUCAUUGUGAAUUUUCACUCGAAAGGGGACCUAAAUUAUCCCGCUUCCUACGUUCAUCAGAUCGGGCGAAAAAUAAGGAGAAUUACCCGUCUCUCCAUUAUCCGGAAGUGUACCUCCUCCACGAGGGCUACCGAGCCUUCUACCAGCGCUACCCUGAUCUAUGCUCACCAACUGGAUACACUGCCAUGUUGGAUCCCCAACACAGAGAUUUAUUACGUAAACAUAGGUCAGUUCAGCAACCGUCCUCUUCAAUGCAUCAUAGACGGAGCGUUCAGCAACCGUCCUCUUCAAUGCAACAUAGACGGAGCAGGCUGUUGCUAUAAAUGUGCAAUCAUGUUUUUAUUAAAUAUAAAGCAUUUACUAAACACAUUGACGUUAAAAUGUUGACGGUCUACUGAAAAUACCACGGUCUACUCAAAAGAACGAACUAAAAUUCACUCAAAAAAUGUAUUUUAAUAAUAAUUUAGAUAGAAGAUAUCUACUAUCUGACUUGUACUAAUUCGUUGCGGUCUACUGAGUAGACGGUCGGUCUUUCGAGUAGAAUGACAUCGAUGCAUUUAAUGACAUUAUCCUUUUAAUGAAAAGCAUUUGAAAGGCAAGAAAUUAUAUUAAAAUUAUUAUAGUUUUUUAUUGUAUAUAGAAGAAAAUUAUGCCAUAUUAUUUUUAAAAUUAAGUACAAAGUAGUAUAAUAUGAUCCCACCUCUGUAGAAUAAUCGGUUUAGUUUAAGUAUAAAUAAUGCAAUAUUUAAAUAAAAUGAAAAAAAAUAAACAAUAUUAAUAAUGAAAA